AUGGACUCUACAAAUUUUGAUGUUGGCAAAUAUGCCGUCGAAUCUUCUGCCAAAAACGGCUCCCUUACACUCCCAGGAAAGGCCCAGAACCAACUGGAACUCGGGCUGUGUCUUGCGAUCUACAAGUGGGAUAUCCUUACAGCAGCAGUGGAGGGUCAAUGGGGUGGCGCCGACAGUUCCGAUAAGCGUGACUGGCUGGUAGGAUCUGUUGCCGAGCUUUUCAGCGAGUCAUAUGUGGAUGCCGGGUUCAUUGAGGACCGGUUAUUGCAAGUGAUGUCUGAUGAGUUUGACGUGGUUGUGGAAGACGAAUCCGCGCUUCCCAUUGCUGUGGAAAUUAUUGAGAUUUAUAGAGACUGUGAGCGGGGGGAUUUUGCACGCGUUGACGCGCUUCACAAAAAAUUUCAGGAAACUGAAAAACUGAGAAAAGAAGGAAAAAUUAAACCAAUCAAAGUCGAAGUUCAAGGCGAUGACGAAGACGACCACAAUGAUGACGAGGAAUGGGAUGACGAAGAAGACGAUGACGCGGCAGUGCCACAGCUCACAGAAGAUGUCGAGAUGACGGACGAGCCACGAGGUCCGAUUGUUGACGAUGACGGUUUCGAACUUGUUCAAAAGAAGGGCCGUGGCCGCAAGCGAUAA